AUGGGAUCAUUGGAGACCUUUGGGGGUCGUGCCGAUUCAUUGCUCUUCCAUCCGUUGAGCAUUGCAAAUGGGAGAAUCAAACUAAAGCAUCGUGUCAUUCUGGCACCUCUAACCAGGAAUCGAGGCACGCCCUUAAAUGCUGAGUCGACUGCAGAGAACCCCAACCGUGUCUGGGUACCAAAUGACCUUAUGGUGGAAUAUUACUCCCAGCGGGCGACCGAUGGAGGAUUGAUAAUAUCAGAAGGUCUUCCGCCUUCUCUCGAGGGGAACGGCAUGCCAGGCGUACCGGGCAUGUUUAUUGCGGAACAGGCCGAGGGCUGGAGAAAGGUAGUCGACGCUGUUCACGCACAAGGUGGUUAUAUCUAUGCACAGUUGUGGCAUUCUGGUCGCGCAAACAUACCACAGAUGACUGGUACACCUAUCGUCGCACCGUCCGCCAUUCCAUGGGAUGACCCUAAUGAAUGCUUCAUGUACCCGCCGCCCCACGCUACAACACUUGUGAAAUACGUUGAACAUCAACCGACUGAGCUAUCAGUUCGACGAAUUCAGGAAACCAUUGCGGAUUACUGUAGGGCGGCACAGAUGGCCAUGGAAUUCGGUUUUGAUGGGAUUGAGCUCCAUGGCGGCAACGGGUACCUUGCAGAGCAAUUUCUCAGUUCCAACAGCAACAGGCGAAACGACGAAUACGGCGGUACGGACGAAAAACGAUGCAAAUUCGUGCUUGAGCUCAUGGAUGAACUCUCAAAGACGGUCGGCCAAGAGAACCUUGCGAUUAGACUGAGUCCAUUUGGGUUGUUCAACCAGAUGCGCAGUGAGCACCGGCUGGAGACAUGGGGCUAUCUAUGUCGCCAAUUGAAGCAGAAGCACCCACGUCUGUCAUACGUCAGUUUCAUUGAGCCGCGUUAUGAGCAGAUCUUCUCUGAGUCUGAGAAGAAGGAGUUUCUAGACUCAUGGGAUCUGCCGCAAGUUGAUCUUUCUUUGUUCCGGGCUAUCUUUGGAGAAAUACCUUUCUUUUCGGCUGGCGGCUUUGACGACCAGAAUUCUUGGGGCGUGCUUGAGAGUGGCCGAUAUGAUGCCUUGAUUUAUGGGCGUUUGUUCAUAAGCAAUCCCGAUCUUGUUGAGCGACUAAAGAACGGCCUGGCUCUGACGCCUUAUGAUCGCUCAAGGUUUUACGGACCUUUCCAAGACAACAGCAUAGGAUAUACGGACUAUCUUCGUACAGGAGAGAUGGACAAAGCUUCUGCUAGCUAG